CGUGGUCACACUACCUAUUGUGUACAAACAAAAUUUAAAAAUCAAUUUUUCCGUUUUUGCUUGAUAAAUAUGCACCGUUCACAUCCGAGUACCACGCGACGGAAGCAUUUGAUUAAGGAAAUGAUGGAGGAUGACUAUGAGCUGCCCACAGAGCAGCAGCAGAUCGUGCGCGUCGUCAGCAGUCGCGGCAACAAUCUCCACGAGGUGGAACCAGCAACGGCAGAGUCGGAGAACUUUCUGGUGUCCAUGCCCAACAAAUAUCGCAAAAACAUGUGGGUAAAGCGCGGCGACUUUCUGCUGGUGGAGCCCAUCGAGGAGGGCGACAAAGUCAAAGCAGAAAUUUCCAAAAUUCUCACCAACGACCACGUCAAGGAGUACACCAAGGCGGGCAUAUGGCCGGAAAGAUUUGCCAAGAAUCCCCCACAGGCGGCCAAAACACAAAACGACGAUGAGGAUUCCGAUUUUGAGGAUGAUCUAACGCCGAAUACAAACCGUCCCGUGCAGGAAUCCGCUGAAGAGGAUGACGACGAGGAUGAGGAGACUGACAGCAGCCAGGAUGAAGACUGACACGAGUUCACUAGUGCAUUGUGGAGGUGCAUUACAAAAUUUUAGCUUUGUAUAUUUUCAAUUUUUCGAUUUCUUUUUCCUUUCUUUACCAUCUUUGAAAUUGUAACAAAAUAAUUAGAUGGUCAACUACGAAUUAA